AUGUCCGAUGAGACUGAUGUCGAUGCAUUGAGCUUAUCAAUGCCACUUGAAGACAAUGUCACUCCGGCAAGUGGUGGAAAAGGAAGCACCAAACGAUCAAGCAAUUACACUCCACAGGAGGAUAUGCAAUUGUGCAUGUCAUGGGAGAGUAUCAGCAUGGAUCCUAUUGUUGCAAAUGAGCAGCCGGGCAAGGCAUAUUGGAAAAGAAUUGCUGAGCACUUCCAUGCCAACCGCACUUUUCAUUCUGAUAAGAAUGUAAACUCACUUGAGCAUCGCUGGGACAUGAUUAAGAAGGAAUGUGGAAAGUUUCAGGCCUGCUAUGAGCAAGUUGAGCGUCGACAUCCAAGCGGCGUACCAUAUAAGGAGCAUCUUCUUGAAGCCCAAGCAAUGUUCACUACCAUGCCACCAAAGAAGGCAUUUCAGUUUAUUCACUGUUGGCUCAAGGUGAGGAAUUGUCCCAAGUUUCAAGCAAUAGAUAAAUCGCACAAGAGACCAAGGCCCAGCAAGUCUUCCACACUAUCUGAGAAAGGUGCUGAAGAAGAAGAGGGAGAUGAGAAUGGUAAGAGUCAGACCUCUGAUUCAGCACGGGCAAGCCAAACUAAGAGGCCAAUUGGAAGGAAGGAAGCAAAGCAAAGGUUGAAGACCGGAGGAGAUGCAGGUCCAUAUAAAGAAGCUAUUGAGGAGUUGAUCUUGGAUAAGAAGGAGCAGAAGAAACUGAGGGAGGAGGAGAAAAAACUGAAGGAGGAGAGAUGGAACGAGACGAGGAUGAUUCAUCAGCAAAAGAUAUCCUUGGAAAAGGAAAAGUUCAUGUGGGAGCAAGAACAAAGGAUCAUGUUCUGUGAUGUGAGCACCUUGGAUCCGGAUCAAAAGACCUAUGUGUUGGCAAUGAGGGCACAUAUUGCAGCCCAAAAGAUGGCUGCCUUCAAUAGUGGAUUUGGCAGUGGGUUUGAUGGUGGGUUUGACUCUUCUAAAGGUGGUGAUGUCAAUGGAGCAUCACAAUAG